GGGUGUUGGGAGAGAAACCGGCCACUGUGUGAGGUCGAGACUGGGAGGAGGGGGAGUGAGGGAGGGAGGAGGGGGAGGGGGAGCAGGAGAUAGUGUAGCUGGUGAUGACUCCAUUACGCUGGGUGACAGGUGGAGGAGACCAGGAGAACUCCACUUCUCUCUCUCCAGGCACUGCGUGUAACAUCUCUGGAGAUCCUGAUGGAGCUGAGGGAGUUUUAUACUGUCAUCGUGAAAGUAAUGGGGUUUACAUAGUACGUACAAUGCUGAGAAAUGGAAGUCACGUGAAUAAACUGUUUUGUGCACAUAGAGCUACAAGUACACAAGAAAGAGAAUGCCCAAAAAGGGCUCACUGCCACAAUCCUCUCCUUCCAACAAUGGUGUUUGUGUGUUCAGUGUGUGUGUAUAUAUAUUAGUUAAAUACUAGACUCAUUGGUAGUGAUACAGAGGUUGGCAGGGAGAGAGGACCCUCUGUCAGAUAUGGUGGAGAUGCUGCAGUUGUAUGGAACUCCAGAGGAGAGUCCAAACAGUGUGGCUGAGGUGAGGGUUGGUGCCAACAGGGGAAGAGGCUGGGGGACUGGGAUGCCAGUCAGGAGAGGGACACAUGUCAGGUUGUAGCCAGUGGUGAGGUGGGCCGCAGUGCUGGGCUGGCUCCAGG